UAACUAUCCCGAAACUUGAAUUAAGCGGUGCGGCAUUGCUUGUCAGACUUUUGAAAUACGUUGUUGCUGCAAUCAGUGAUGACCUGACGAUAGACGGAAUCUUCGGAUGGUGUGACAGCACUAUCGUUCUCUCGUGGUUGAAGACAUCGCCACAUUUGUUGCAGACUUUUGAGGGCAAUCGAGUUUCUCAGAUUCUAAAUUGCGGUUUAAAUAUAGCCUGGAGACACUUACCUUCAGAAAUGAACCCUGCUGAUGUCGCGAGUCGCGGUUGUCGCGCGUCAGUACUAUUGGAGCAUCCUUUAUGGUGGGGACCUCCUUGGUUGUCAGGUGAUGCGGAGACCUGGCCCAGGAAUAUAAUGGACAAAGCGGAAGAUCCAUUACCUGGAUUGCGGAAAGUGAAGGUAAAUGUUCAGGCCCUGGUCGGGAUUGUUGACAAAGAUAAUAUUUUUACGCGGUUUAGUUGUUUAAAUAUGCUAUUGACGGUCGUAGCAUAUUGUUUCCGGUUUGUCAACAAUGCCAGGCCUUUGUCCGAGAAACUUAGGGGGGUAUUAUCAGUCCCAGAGCGACGGUUCGCUUUGCAGCGGUUAAUCAAAUUGGUUCAGCAGGAGGAGUUUACGGAUGAUAUCCACUGCUUAGACCAGAAUAAACAAUGUUCCAAGCGGCUACGUCGGCUUUUGCCGUUUAUUGCGGAUGACGGUUUAUUGCGCGUUGGAGGUCGUUUGGAGCAUUCAAGUUUGUCUUUUCCACGGAAACAUCCGGUGAUUUUACCAAAAUCACAUGCUCUAACGGUUUUGAUCGUGGAUCAUUUUCAUGUGACCUAUUGCCACGCGGGGGCAACGGUUUUGAUGUCGGUAUUACAGCGGCAAUUUUGGAUUCUUUCUGCGGGACAAGUGAUUCGUACACGAAUUUUCAAGUGUAUGAAAUGUUUUAAAACCAAAGCCAGACCAACAGCGCCGAUUAUGUCAGCGCUGCCAUGGGAUCGAGUUAAUUCAACUGGUGUGUUUCACACAGUUCAAACUGACUUUGCUGGUCCAUUCAGCAUUAAGCAGUCUCGUUUGCGGAACGCAAAAAUUCUGAAGGCGUAUCUUUGCGUAUUUAUCUGCUCUGCAUCCAAAGGGGUUCAUUUGGAGUGUGUCACUGACCUUUCGACAGAAGGGUUUCUUGCGGCUUUGACACGGUUCACAUCUCGACGCGGAAUGCCGAGUGUGAUACGUUCAGAUUGCGGAACCAAUUAUACAGGUGCCAACAGAUACUUGGAUGAUGUGCGGAAAUAUUUGGCUUCUGAGGAAGCACAACAAGGGCUUAGCGACGGCGCGGCCAAACAGUCUAUAACGUGGCGGUUUAAUUCGCCAGCGGCGCCACAUUUCGGUGGUCUUUUUGAGGCGACCGUAAAGUCGGCUAAGACACUAUUGCGGCGCGUCAUAGGUGAACAGGUUUUGACGUUUGACGAAUUGGUAACGGUAUUUACCAGGGUGGAGGCAGUCCUUAAUUGUCGUCCUCUAUGCCCAUUGACCCAAGAUCCUAAUGAAUUGGAGGUUUUGACGCCUGCUCAUUUACUUAUUGGAAGACCUUUGCUUUCGGUUCCGGAGUACAAUUUCGAAGACAUUCCGAACUCACGGUUGAAUCGGUUUAACUUAAUACAAGCUAUGUCUCAACGGUUGUGGAGAAAAUGGAGUGAACAAUACCUCCAUUCUCUUCAAAUGCGUAGAAAAUGGACAUCUCCAACUGAUCCGCCUCAGCUGGGUGAUCUUGUCCUGAUAAAGGAGGAGAAUUUACCUCCUCUAAAAUGGAAGUUAGGUAGGAUAGAAGAUCUGCUACCCGGCAAAGACGGUGUUGUUAGGGUAGUACGUCUUAAAACUUCUACAGGUAGCCUCACGCGGCCUGUUGUUAAAAUUUGUAGGCUUCCUUUGGACGACUAAGCGGAGUUAGCGUUACCAAAUUGUUUUAAUUUAGUGUUUUAUUUGUUUGUUGUUGAUAAAGGCUUUAGCCUUUCUCGGGCGGGGGAAUGUUUAGUUUUAAUACCAGUUUCGGAACGUUUCUAAAUUGUUUACAUGUCAUGUCUCACUCGCACAUCAUUUUAUCAUAUAUAUUUAUUUCGUAUGGGGAAUGGGGCAUGCGCAAAAGACGCUACUUAUAUUUGGAACUAAGUUUAAAAAUUUUAUGACAAGAGGAAAAAAUAAUGUCAGUGG